GGGCAGAUUUACGAUUGGAGCACAACACACCCUUGGCUAACCUUUGGCGAAAUUGAAGGAGCAAUACAAGAAGCAAUCAUUGCUUUGUCAUGAACUUUGCUGGUACACGCAACCAUACCCGAAUGAGUUAGAGAAAGAGAGAGAGAGAGAGAGAGAGAGAGAGAGAGAGAGAAAGAGAACCGAAGCAAGGAGGGAAAAACAAAUAAAAUUCAAAGAAACAUCAUGCUCCGGACCUGUUGAUGAGGUUUUCUUUUCAAUUCGACGAUGGCCUUCGGCUGGAAGCGCCACGCUUCCUCAGUUCUCGAAUCCAUAUUCGAGCUACAUUGCUUGUAAACCGGAGUUCCUCUUUUUUCUCGUAAACUUGAACUUGAAGUUGUGUGUAUGACUGUUGGAAACUUCUGUUUGGUUCGCAACAAAAACUAUUAGUCUGAAUCGGAUGCAAUCGAGAAGCUUAGACACACGCACAGCAAAAAAAAACCCCAAAACCCAAAUCCACAGGUAUCCCAGGUGUACUACAACGCACAUGAGUUUGAUCAUAUUAAGCACAUGGGAAGCUCUUGGGCUCUCGAGAAUGACGGGGAGGGUAACGUAACGUGGUGGAGGAUAGGCAAAACCUGCGGAGCACGGUAACGAGCAAUGAACCGGUUCUCUGGUGCUUCAAUAAGGUACCCAAGGCCUGGAUGGGUGGGUAUUUGUCAGUUCAAGUACCAUCCUUCUUUUGAAGUAUAGGAGGAUGACCAGAAGCGAUCAUAUACGCACCAGUAGUUGCCAUCCCAACAAUAUCGAUAAUGGAGAAGCUAUUCUAUCGCCUUGCAGAAGAAAUAUUUUAGAUGAUCAGAUUUCCCGAUAAAGCUAUCUUGUAGCGCUCAGGUUACGCCAUGAAUAGCUUGUCUAGUUAUCAACCAAUAAUGCGAAAACGCAAGCACAUUUUUGUCCUUCAUGCAACGAAACGCGAACGCAUUGUUCUGCUGCUGCUGCUGCUGCCGGUGGCUGAUGAUGAUGAGGGCUUCCACGACAUGUUUACCAUACGACGUCACCACACACUCGUGCCCACUCCGCUACGCAUACGAAGACAUGCCGGAUGGUUAGGGGUGUUGUUGUGGUGGAGUUCGUCAAACCACUGCGGUGUCGGUUCGGCUUGGCAAAAGGAAGCGCACCAGUAACGGGCUAUCGGCAUCGACAGACGGAUGCGAAUGCUUGUCGUCCAGUCUUCGCAGGAGGUUUUCGCAGGUAAUGGUCGGCAAUACCCUGGAUGGAGUCGUAUACCGCCGCUGCGUACGAAGAAGUGGACCGAGAGCAUAUGCGAUUUUGAGUGCAUAGUUGAACUAAAGAAUUAAAGAAGAAACGACUGACACACGUGUGCGAAAUGGAGUCACCGGAAAGAUAGUUAUCGGACUAUUGCGAACAGUAGAGAACAGUGAUCAAAAGUAAGGCAGGAAGUGACAACAAGCAAACGGAGUUCGCAAGAGUUUCAGCAGUCAACCGCACAAUCAAACAUCACCCGAAUGGCGAACGUCGCCGAUAUGAUGCCAGGCAGUAGUGUGAUCCCGUUCGCUGACCGUGUGAACGAAAUCCACAAGGAUCUCGUCAUCUGGAUCGCUAUCGACGGCAUCCUGAUGGUGUGCAUCUUCAGCGGUAACAUCCUGACGAUCAUUGCCGUCUGGUACUACCGGCGACUGCAGUGGUUAAUUUCGAACCUGUUCGUGCUGUCGCUAGCCAUCUCGGAUAUCUUCGUGGGGCUGACGCUUCCGUACCAUCUUGCGUUCUACAUGGGUGUUGAUCUCGGCCGGCAGAAGCAUCUUUGCCUGUUGCGCUUUUUUGUGCUGAUAAUUGCGUGCAGUGUUUCGAUCUGGAAUCUGAUAGCUAUAGCGGUGGAUCGAUAUAUUGCGAUCUGCUAUCCGUUGCACUACACUCGACUGAUGACUAAGCGUACGGCUCUAACGAUACUGGGCUUUGGAUGGUGUCUGGCAAUCUCUAUUGCCACCAUUCCGUUGAUAUGGAACAAAUGGGACACGGCACAGGAGUGCGAGUUUGACGAGCUGUUGCAUCCGUGGUAUGUGGCGGGCGUUAUAACGCCCAUCUUUUCCGUCGUCUGGCUCUGCCUGUUCGUGGUCUACUGGCGAAUCUGGCGUGAAGCGUCCAAGCACGCCAAACAACUGCGAGCACACGGCGGUGCAUCGGAACGUUCGUCUAGCGAUUGGAAGUCGGUACAGGUAGUACUACUCAUUAUGGGUUGUUUCACCUUCUGCUGGAUACCUUACUUUGUGGUGGUUCUGACACAGAUAUUCGCCUUCGUCGAGGAUAGCUCACCGACGCUUUACAAGGCAGCAUUUUCGCUUGCGAUGGCCAACUCAAUGAUGAAUCCGAUUAUAUACGCCUGGAAGAAUACGCACUUCCGGCACGCGUUCAAACAGCUGCUUACCUGCCACAAACCGGUCGUCCCAUUAGAUGUUACCAACGGUGGUGGUUCGUUCGAAAUGGCAACAGCAAAAUCCUGCCCAGAUAUCACAACUGAAUCGUUCGAUCCGGUAGGAGGUAUGAUAGGGGCAGGGGCGGCCACAUCAUCCACGCUCACAAACCAUAGCAGUCUGGCGAGUGUGUCUACCGUAACACCGGUACCGUCGGCCGAGCCAGGUCGCUUCGAAUCGGUGGUGGUAAUAUCCCAGCUUACCGGUGGAGAUCGGGUCCGUUCCGCGGACAUUACGGCCAACACCACCAUACGGGUAUCGCUUAGCAGUGAAGAACUACCUUCCAUGGCAACCAGCAACAAGGACGAGUCGAUACCGGCGCACGUACCUGAGGCGCAACCUAGCGUCCAAUCGGACCCACCGGCAACGUCCCCCUUUUCACCAUUGAAGUCGUCCUCCAGUGCAUCUAACAACGUAUCGACGCACAUUAUUGCGGGCAAUAUCAUCAUCAACAACUUCAACCUGUACGAUCAGGUUCGUAUGGAGCGAUUGUUACGCCAAGAAUGGAGCACCAACACCGCAAACGGAACGGCGGAAGGUGCUACAGAUCCGACAACAGUAACACAGGUACCCGAAAGGGAUGUUACCCCGACUGAUCAAGAAUUAGCGAUAAAUCUUACAAAGCUUUAACACUAAGAGCAACCAUUUUCUUAACCAAACAUCAACCCGGCACCUAGAAACCACAAUAUGUUAUGUGUACGUCCUGUUCCUGUUUUUGUCCUGUUUUAUAAAUUAGACUAUUAAAUAUAAGUAUGAAAUAUUUUAACCCCCUCCUCCCUCCAGUCUAUCACAAUUCAUGUAAGGGAAUGUAAGA